GCCAGGAAAGCAGUGUAGCGUAGAAAACUUGGCUUAAAAACUCAAUAAAAUAUCAAUUUAUGAUGGUUUGAGACGAAGUUUCUAGCGACGCUUCUGCCAGGUACACAAAAACGCAGACACAUGCGCAGUGUAUUUCCCUGAUUACUGUGAUUUUCGAUUGAAUACACAGUAUCUUAUUGUGAAAGGGUAUACAGUAAUUCACUGAGCACAAACAAAGUAAAUUACUGUGGAUUUCACAGGAUUUUUUUUUUACAACAGGUUUUUUUAUGAGGUUUAGCACAUACAUUAGGGUUAGGGUUAGGUUUGUUACAGUUACAGUUUGUUACCUGGCAGUGCUAUCAGAUUUCAGCCUAACGUUAGUAGCUCUGACCGGGUGUAGAAGAUUCUUUUGUAUUAGUGUUCCUUUUGUUAAUUCUGUGUGUGCAUGUGUGGUUCUGCUGAGUUUCGAUGGAUGGAUGCUCCCUCCCAACCAGCAGAUUGGGUGUUUUGUGUAUCACCUCCUCCUCUCCCUCCUCUCUCUCUCUCUCUCUCCCUCUCUCUCUCUCUCUCUCUCUCUCUCACUUCGUUUGUGUUUGUGUGUGUGUGUGCGCUCCCUGGCUAUAAAAGCCACACUGUCACGAGGGCGCUACCCUGCAGAGGAGCUCAAGUGUCAGUCAGAGAAAGAAACAGACGAAACAGACGAAUGUACUUGCCUUCCCCUGGCUGCCCUUUCUUCUCUGUAUAAGCUGUAAUCAUGGCCAGAAACCUGUUGAAGAAUCCCAGUGGGGAAGAGCAGCUGGAAUUCUGGGAGCUGACAGAGAACGGUGGGAGUCAAUGGAAGGUGGAGGACAUGCCGGGAGACUGUGGCUACGACUUCUGCAACGACGGAGUAACCAAAUACUUUGCAACCUCAUUUGAGCUGUGUCUGAAGAGACAGGUGAUCGACUUGUUAGCUGAGGGUUACUCUUGUGAGCAGUUGGAUGCUCAGCCUGCCAUCACAGUGGAAGACUGGUACUGUGGGAGGGCGGAUUGUGGCUGCUCCUACCAAAUAACCUUGUGUCUGCUGGAUGAGAAUCACGAGGUCAUACAGGACUUCAAACCUGAGCCGGUGACCCUCGACCCUGACUAUGACGACUGCUCGUGGAAACAGGUCAGCCAUACAUUUUCUGACUACGGCUCCGGAAUGCGUUUCAUCUCCUUUGAACAUGGAGGACAAGACACCAAGUUCUGGGACGGUUGGUUUGGAGUCCGGGUCACCGGGAGCUCUGUUACUGUUGAGGUCUGAACAAGAGGAAAAAAAGUAAAAGGAGAAGGGAACCAAGGAGUUAGGAAUACUGAAAGGUGAAAGUGGGUAGAGAGAAGUAGAGUAAUAGCAGGGCUCCAAAGUGACAGAGUGUAGGUUUCAAGGUUUCAAGAGGACCAGCUUUGCCUUAUGCAGGAUGUUCAUGCUGCGGAAACAUACUGCUGCUAAGAAGACUGUAAUUACAAAGCUGUAAAAAAAACAAAAACAUGGUGGCACGUUGGCUUUACUAACCUUAAAAUAUUAAAAUUACUGCUUGCAACAAUCAUUAAUCAUGAUCUAUUAACUACUACCUCUGCACAGUGACUUGGUGUUAAGCUAAAUGACAUGUUUGGUGGGUGAGGGUGUUGUAAGCAAUCAAGUGGUUUAUCAUUCAAAUUGGAAUUAAAAUUAUGAAAUAAAUUGGCAACUACAUCAUUGCCUGUUUUGUUAAAUUGAAAUGAAGAUCUAAUAAACUGAAUGUGAUAAUCCUUCA